AUGAUUAAACAACAGCAACCACAACAACUUAAGGCACAAAGCACCCAGGUCCCUCAGACCAUUACAUACGCCAUAUAUGCAUAUAAUUCAAAGACGGCAGAACAAACGCAAAGGUUGAAAUAUGGAGAUUUGGAGAUAGUAUUGAAAAAUGACCAUUUCGAAUUCGUUUGCAAAGGUGGUGCAGUGAUAUCAAAUAUAAAAGAAAUUUUAUUUAUGAAUUCAAAAAUUAAAGGUAUAACGGAUGAUAUAACAUCAAUUCCACCAGAAGAACAGAGAUAUUACGCAUUAAAUGCAUUUCCUAAAGUUUUGAAGAUUGGAAGAUUUAAUUUAAAUGAGGAAUUCAUAGAAGGUUUCCUAAACGACAUAAUGAAGAAGGUGGAUAAGGAAUAUGUGGCUAGUGAGUUAAUGAAGAAGGCAGAUAAGGAAUAUGUGGAUGAAAAAGAUAAUGAAAUUAAAGAAAGGGUUGAAUGGUAUCAUGAAUGGACAUCGAAGAUUUUUAAAACUAAAGCUGAUACAGGAUGGGUUUCAGGAUGUUUAGACCUUAAAGCGGAUAAGAACCAUACACAUAACUUCUUCUCAACUGUUGCUAUAGAAAGUAUUGAAGGAACGGUUGACGGAACUGAUGGGGAUGCAUUAUAUUAUAAUCCUCCUAACUUUCCACAAGGUUUAACAUCGAAUGAAAACAUAACAACGAUGAAAAAAAAUUAA